AUGUCUUCGUCGUCCUCCCCGUCGCGCCGCAGGCCGGUAGCUUCUUCGUCAUCUUCAUCGGGCAGAGCGACCUCAGUUGGGCUCUCCUUCGACUCCAACUUGCGUUCCUCGCUAGCAGACCUACCACCUUCCGUGCAUACAGCCCUGGUCUCUCGCGAUAUACCCCCUCAGAACAUUGUACUGCAACUCACGAGGGUCACAGAUGACCAGUUCUCCGGGAAAGGCCAAGGCAAGGCAGUACCAGACAGCGGCGAGAGCGCCGGUGAAGACAGGCAUACAGUCUACCUGGGAUGGUCCGGUCAAUCAAGCAAUCUCGACUCGACCCUGGCGCUCUCGGCAUCACUAGCGAAUCUCUUCCAACCAUCAGCCCAGGCUUCUUCAAACUAUCAGCUGACCCUACUCAGGUCUCCUCCGCUCCCAACUGCUACCCGUGUGGAUCUGACCCCCUUGACGCCUGAUGACUGGGAGCUCUUGAGUCAGAAUGCAGGGGCGGUAGAGGACAAUAUGCUGAGCCAAGUGAGAGCUGUAUCUGUAGGGUCGAGAGUGUGUAUCUUUGUUGGCAGGGGAGGCGGUCAGGAAUGCUGGUUCAGCGUCGAUGCUACGGAGCCAACAACCUCAUCCGUUUCAAGUGGAUCUACCAGCUCCGAGAAGGCUGCCGCUCGAGCCGUUCGUCUGACGACAAAUACGGAGAUUGUCAUCGCUCCCAGGACUAGACAAUCUCUGGCAGAUGCCGCAGCCCAGCAAUCCCACAGUCUGAAUGCCAAUGGCGCUGGUCCCUCUACUUCUAGGGACCUCGAUAGUGUCAUGGCUUCUCGAGCCAUGCUGAAGAACAGGCUCUACAAAGUCCUCCCGCCUGAUGUCAUCCCUAUUCUGACAGACGAUACUCUCGAAGCUGACGGUGAUGCGCCGAUGGCUGUCUUUGGCUCAGGUGAUCGCGAGGAGGAGGCUUCAGACUCUGACUGGGCUUUGAUCGCCCAAGCCUUUGCCGGAGGCAGCGCCAGCUGGACAAGAGCUACCAUCAAUGUCCAGCCCUGUCCUUCGGCGCCAAGGAUACGGCCGCUUUGUAGGCCUUCCAAGAGCAAAGCAGGCGGGGACGAUGAGAAUCAAGCCCCGGGCAGCGAGCUCAAGCCAAGCAGACCAACCGCAACUGCAUACGUCGCUCAGGGACGGACCUUGAAAGGAUCCUCCGCUGGUCCUUGGCCGCGGCGGUGGAUCUGGCUCAAUUCAGCCUUGAGACAGAAGCUUGGAGGGGUAGGAAUAGGAGAGACUGUGUGCUUUUCGGCUCCACCACCUGGAGGAAGUGCUACCUCGCCUCCCGUACGCUCCUCAGAGAGGAUACAAAAUGCACCGAGCCUGAGCGAACAAGCCGACGCACCUGCCCUGGCGGGUGUAUCGUCUCUGCUUUCAACUCUCCGUGAGCAGGUCCUGACAUCGGUGAUGUCACAUUCGUUAUCAACUCGGAGCGCUUCGUCUUCUACGAACAACAAUAUCCUCCUACACGGGCCAUCUGGAGUAGGCAAGACGUCCAUCCUCCACACUUUGGCAUCUUCUCUACAUUCAUCGUUGAACACGACUCUGUACGUCGACUGUACCUCACUCGUCGAGCAGCGAGUCUCUCAGCUCAAGGCGACUUUUCAAGAGUGGAAGGAUGCCUUAGACUGGUACGCCCACUCCAGUUCAGGAGCCAUCCUGAUGCUCGACAAUCUGGACAAGGUGCUCAUCGGCGAGGUGGAAAAUGUUGACCCGACGAGGGCGCGGACCAUGGCGGAGUGUUUCGUUCAGAUCUUCUCUCAGAGUGGGAGCGGCAAUGCGAUUGUUCUGGGCACGGCUCUCUCAAAUACGAGCUUGCAUAAGCUGCUGGUCGAGAAGCAUUUUUGGAACGAUACCCUCAGUGCCAAGCCGCCUGGGAAAGGGGAACGUAGCGAAAUCUUGGGCCAUCUCAUCAAGCUCAAGUCACUCAAGUCGCAAGAGACUGAGGGCCAAGGAGGUCGCAUCGUCGCUGACCCUUCUCUCAACACCGUGCAUCUCGCUUCGCAGACGGAAGGUUACCUUCCUGCCGAUCUUGUAGACCUGGUAGACCGAAGCAUCUACCGAGCCGCUGUGCGUCUUGGCUCCGCAGAUAUUUCCUCUACAGCGUCGAAUGCAGUCUCACAGUCCCAGAUCAACGGCCACGUUCCUCUUCAAGGCCGCUCGUCCUAUCCUCCUCUCACCCUCCUACCGCAAGACUUCACCUCAGCUCAAGAGAACUUCACCCCGCUCUCGUUGCGCUCCCUCUCCCUUUCCACCUCCUCGGUCAGCUGGUCUUCCAUCGGCGGUCUUUCACAAACGCGUCGUGUACUACGCGAGACGCUCGAAUUCCCUGCUCGGUACGCUCAAAUCUUCGAAGGGUGUCCGCUGAGAUUGCGUAGUGGUCUACUGCUGUAUGGAUAUCCGGGGUGUGGUAAGACGAUGCUGGCCAGUGCAGUGGCAAAGGAGUGUGGAGCCAAUUUCGUUAGCGUAAAAGGACCUGAGCUGCUCAAUAAGUACAUCGGAGCGAGCGAAAAGAGCGUUCGCGACCUCUUCGAGCGUGCCUCCUCCGCCAAGCCCUGUGUCCUCUUCUUCGACGAAUUCGACAGUAUCGCUCCCAAGCGUGGUCACGACUCUACCGGUGUAACAGAUCGAGUGGUCAAUCAGCUCCUGACUCAAAUGGAUGGUGCAGAAGGUCUCUCGGGAGUGUACGUCCUCGCCGCCACUUCCCGCCCGGAUCUAAUCGAUUCGGCACUUCUUCGUCCGGGGAGACUGGAUAAGAGUCUGCUCUGCGAUAUGCCCUCGGGGGAGGAUCGAGCUGAUAUCCUCCGUGCUGUUGUGCGCGAGGGAAAGAUUGCCGUGGAUCCUACCGUGGAAUGGGAGUACUGGGCUGGAAAGACAGAAGGGUUCAGUGGAGCCGACUUGCAGGCAUUUGUGUACAAUGCGCAUUUAGAGGUGGUGCACGAGGGCAUUGCUGAUGCGCAAGCCUUACGAGCCGAGGGUGGUGAUGACGGUAGUAGUGGGGAAGCAAAAGAGGGAGACGGAAGCUCGUUGCGCUUCGUAGAGUACACGGGUCAACAAGGGGCAAAGGAUGGCUUAGCGGGGCCAGUAGGGAUGAAGAGGAGCGGGGCAGAGGAGCAAGCGCUGCGUAGACGUCUGGAGUUGGCCUUGAGAAACUCUCGCAAGUCGAGCUCCAACUCUACAUCUGCCACUGCCAGUGGGAAGACCAACCCCGUACGCGUCAAUGGCGACAAUGGCGCUGCUACUACCUCCUCCUCUUCCGCGCUAGUCAAACCCGCAUCAUCGCGCUCCAAGGUCGUCACUGCCCACCAUCUAGAGCGCUCCCUAGCCUCUAUGCGGCCUAGUGUCCCUGCGCACGAGCGAAGAAGACUGGAGAGAAUCUAUCGAGAGUUUGCUGGUGAGAAGAGGGGUGGGGAGUUUGGUGAUGGAGAGGCUAGUAAGGAAAUUGGAGCCAGAGAGAGCUUGAUGUGA